AUGUCCAGCGAUGACGUGACACCGCCGAGUCCAGUCGAAAAGAAGGUCCCUGACGACGCGGAGGCGAUGGUUUCUGAAGCCCGCCCGCUCACAUACGGAGAAGAUGGUCUUCCGCCUCCGCCCGCGUACACUGCCGAAGAGGAGAGGCGUCUCUGGCGCAAAAUCGACAUGCGGAUCAUUCCGAUCGCCACGCUGAUGUAUUUGGUCUCCUACCUCGACAGAGGCAAUAUUGGAAAUGCGAAGCUGCAAGGACUUCUUACACAACUUGACCUCAGUGGUCAACGGUACAAUAUCGCUCUUGUAAGCUAUUCAGUACGUAUGUGUAUGUGGUGCCUGAUGCUCAUUAUCUCCGGCAGACAAUGUACUAUCUGCCUGGUCCUAAAGAAAUUCAGACCUUCUCGCUGGCUUCCCGGAAUCGCGCUGGCAUGGGGGAUCGUCUCUACACUUCAAGGUCUAGUGAAAACCUACCCUCAGCUCGUCGGUGUGCGUGUCUGCCUCGGUAUCUCUGAAUCUGGCUUGGCACCUGGUAUAUACUACCUGUUAUCGUUAUGGUACCCGCGACACAUGCUGCAGUGGCGCUUCGGCCUCUUCUGGGGAGGCGCGACAUUCUCAGGGGCGUUCUCUGGGCUGUUGGCAUAUGGGAUCUCCUUCAUGUCCGGUGCAGGAGGGUUGCUCGGGUGGUCAUGGAUCUUUAUCAUCGAGGGACUAUUCACCAUAGUGGCUUCUCUUAUUGCUUUCGCCGUCUUCGUCGACCUGCCUGCGACUGCUACCUUCCUCACCCAAGAAGAGCGCUCCUUUGUAAUCAAUCGCCUCAAAGAGGACAACGGGUCCGUAGGAGAGGAAGAAGAGUUUCAGCUUCGGCAUAUCACGGACGCACUCUGCGACUGGAAGAUCAUCCUUUGGUGCAUCAGCAACAUGGCUAUCACCACUCCCAUGUAUGGCGCCUCGCUUUUCCUCCCGACGAUCAUCAAUGGGUUCGUUCUUGGAUUCAACCCCGCGAUCUCGCAGCUACUCACCGUUCCAGCAUACGCGAUAGCCACUGUCACCGUCGUGAUAUGUUCAGCACUGUCCGACCACACCAAGCUGCGCUCCCCGUUCAUUGUCGGGGGACUCAUGCUUGCGUUCACCGGUUAUGCGAUCCAGGCUUCCGACGCGAGCAUCGGGGUCAAGUACUUCGGAACGUACCUUAUCGUCAUCGGUGCAUAUGAGGCCGGUCCCUUUAUGAUCUCUUGGCUGGGGAAUAACACAGUGGGACAUUACAAGCGCGGCGUAGGUAUCGGAAUGCAGAUCACGUUCGGGACUAUGGGAGGAAUCAUCGCCAGCAACGCGUUCCAAGUCCAAGACGCACCACGCUAUCUCUCGGGACAUGCCACCGUGCUGGGUUUCAUCGGUAUGGGUCUCAUCCUGGUGCCCCUUACGGUGCUCGCGUUUUGGCGCGGGAACAGACGUCGAGACGCAGCGCAGCGCCAAGAAGAGGAGACGGGGACCAAGGUGGAGUACACAGCGGAAGAGCUGAAGAGGAUGGGGGAGCGCGCGCCCACCUUCCGGUAUACACUGUGA